UUGAGUUGGUGAUCGCAAAGUACAUGGUAUAGCUAACCAUGGACCAAAAAGGGUUUUUCUUGGCAUGUUUCCUGUGCUGUAUAUUACAAUCAUCGUGUUCGUCGUUAUCCGGCAUUUACGUUGACAACGGGGUCGGUCAAACAGUGCUGGAAGAUGCGCUGUCCGUCGAGGAACAGCAGGAGAUCGAGAAUGAAAUUUUGCACCUUCUCGGGCUUCCGGGACCACGGCCCGUCGUACGGCACCUGCAUUCGUCCGUGGGAAAAUCUGCGCCUCAAUUUUUGCUGAACGUCUACGAUCAGUUGCAGCAGGAGGAAAACGAAGUUGCAAUGAAUAGUGCCUCACGGAUACGAAAGGUUCGUAGUACUGGCAUGGAUAUCCUGAUCACCGAUGCUGACAGAAAAGCUAUUGAUGAAAGUGAUAUAAUUAUGACUUUUUUGAAUAAGAAUCACCACGGCUCUGAAAUGAGACACGAAAAAGGAAGGAGACUUUGGUUCGGCAUUACCAACAUCGAGAACGAUGUUAGUGUUCUAAUGGCGGAGCUACGUUUGUAUCGCAAGCAAAUGUUGAACAAAUAUAGUACGAGCAAUACUACUGUUACAUUAACGGUGUACGCGAUAAUCGAUGUGGAUGGCGAGAGCGAGAUGACCGAAAUCAGUAGCAUGGAGCUCAUGGGCGACUACGAAGGCUGGCUGGAGAUUAAUGUGACCGGCGCUGCAGAGCUCUGGCUUAAAAACAAACAGGCCAAUCAUGGAUUUUAUGUUGGAGCGUAUAUCGCUGGUCACAAUGAGCGAGAAGUUAAAUUGGAUGACAUUGGAUUUGUAAGUGUACGUGGCAGUGAGGAAUAUCAACCUUUCCUGGUAGUCUACGCAAACAGUCCACAGCAGAUGGUACAACCGACUCUUCAUCGUCAACCAACUCGCAAUAAGCGUAGUUCGCAGCAACGCAGGCGCAAGACCAAGACCGAACACAGAAAUCCGCUGUAUCAUCCAACAUUCGAUCAGCACAAGAGUUGCCGUAUACAACAACUGUACGUCAGCUUCAAGGACCUGCAGUGGCAUGAAUGGAUUAUUGCUCCGGAAGGAUAUGGUGCUUACUACUGCAGCGGUGAAUGUAACUUCCCACUUAAUGCUCAUAUGAAUGCUACUAAUCACGCUAUUGUGCAAACGCUGGUACAUUUGAAUCAUCCAACAAAGGUCCCCAAACCGUGUUGUGCUCCGACCAAACUGAUUCCCAUUUCCGUUUUAUACCACAUCGAUGAGUCUAAUGUGAACUUGAAAAAGUAUAAAAAUAUGGUUGUGAAAAGUUGCGGGUGUCAUUGAAAACCAAAAGGCAGAGAUCCCUUUUUUCAAUUACCGGACAAGCAGAAAAUUUGAAAAGCCCUUAGCUUUGCAACCAUGAGUGAGCCAUGAGAUAAGAAUCGUUUUCACGGUGGAAGGAUUUAGAGCUUUAAGUACGCAUAAACACUUUUAAAUUUGAAAUCCGACGCUUAUAUCUUAAUGUAAAUGUAUGUGCACAGAUCAAGUGGUUGGAGGAUUAUGCUACAGGAUUAAUGCCAUGAUUACAAAAAUGUCUUCAGGAACAAACAACGGCAAGCCUAUAGUAGUAUUGGUCCAUACUUAACUGAUAAGUAGAGCUCUGCAUCUUCUUAUCGCUGAAAUCAUAUUCUAAAGAGGAAUUGCAAGAUAGGCAAUUGUUUAACUAUGCAGCUAAUGCAGUAUUAUUGGAACCAGGGCUUUAUGCAAAUCGCAUCGUGUAUUGUAUGAAUGUUAGAAUCUCAUCGUGCUCAAAAGCUUAAUUGUAUGACAAGGCAUUUUUUUUAUUUCGGAUUUACACAAUGGCGCCAUCCAUGCAGAUUUUAAGUAGGGUUUGAGUAGAUUAAAAGAGGAAAGUUUACUAAAAAAAUAUUUUGUCUAGCAGCGCACUCCAUACAUUACAUAUCUAUAUGACAUAUAUUUUAUUCCAUUUCGGAUGCAAAUAAACAUUGAUGUAUGUGUGUCGAAAAAACUAACAC